GUCAACAGAAAAUGGAUGGAUAUCAGUAACUAUCUGUGCAUCUCCUCUUUUCCAGCUCCAGUCCAUGAUGUCAACAUCCAGCAGGUAGAAAACAGGAUGAGCUGCAGCUCAGAGGGGAUCUACCCUCAACCUGAGCUCACCUGGUCCACCACACCUCCAUCCAACAUCAACCUCCACAACACAACCACAGUCCAGCAGAAUGAAGAGCAGCUUUACAGCAUCAGUAGUUCUCUGAUCCUCUCACACAGUCGUACUCAUCUGGUCUACAGCUGCACCGUCAGCACUCCAACAAACAGGAGGAGAGCUGCUUGGAGGAAACUCACUCCUAUCAGUGGAUCAACAAGUGAAACAAUCAUCACCUGCGCUGCCUCCAACUUUUCCUUCUCUCACCUGCUUUGGAGAUUCAACCACAGUCAGAUGAUGGUGAAGCAGAGCAGGACUGAUGGCAGCUCCACAGUCUCAGAGGAGUGGAGGCAGCAGGUGAAGGAUGUGUCAGAGUCAGGAGACAUCACACUGCAGGACUUAUCUUCAGAGCAGGAGGGAAUCUACACCUGUCAACUCAGUAAUGCUGAGGAGACGCUGAUAAGUGAGACCUCUGUGAAGAUCAGUGGAGGGAAUUCAGUCAAUGUUGGAGGAGUCAUAGGUUUAGUGGUUGGAGCUGUUUUGGUUGCAGCAGCAGCAGUCGGUCUGUUUCUGUUCUGGAAAAAGAAAAACGAUCAACAAGAAAACAACACAAGAACAUCAAGCAGUGAAGAAACAACACAAGUAAAUGUUGUGUGUUAAACUUGUGUGCUGCUC